AUAAAUAUGCUUGUCGCCUUGUGAAUACAUCGCCUAUAAAACGAUUCAGUUAUUUCUAACACUAAAGAAACUUAUGUAAAAUGAUUUCAAUUGGGAAUUGAAACCGGGUCGGACGUGGUUGUUCACCGCAAAUAUUCCUCUACCUGUGUAUCCGUCUUUUGUUAUUAUUUUUCUUUUCUAAAAGUUUAUUAUUGCAGAAAUACUAGUUUGUUACGAACUGAAUAGUUGGGCAUUGUUGUAUUUAAUUUCAUGUAUUCUCCCCUCUUAAUUAAGAUGCUCCAGAAGCCUUCUAGUAUUAUUUUGCAUCCACGUUAACGUUAGGUUGGAAUCGAUUUAGUUAAAGGUCCCCACCCCCACCCCCAAAAAACAAAACAAAAACGACUUUGCACUCUGUUAAAAGAAGGGUAUAUCUAUAGGCCGAAUGAAACUACAUGAUUUAAUCGAUACAUUUCUUACUUAGACUUCAGGUUUUCCUUGAGGAGAGAAAUGAGAUUGUGAGAUAGAACUUUGUCCAGUUGUCUUAUCAGUCGAACGAUACAAUUUGGAGAGGAAGCCGGUGCCUGGAUGUUACACAUGGAGAGAUCAUCUAAUAUUGGCUUCAGUGACAAGGGGAGAUAAUUACCGAAGUGAAUUUUUUUUUCUUUAAUCCCUAGAAGGAAAUAAUUUGCGUAAUAUUUAUUAAAUAUUUAAAGAAGUUGUUAAUUAUCAUUUACUGUUUUGGAUCUACUGAAUUAUUUUUAUUAGUUAUUGUUGAGAAUAUACCGACAGAUGACGAAUGCAGCAACUCGCUGGAACAGCGCAAGUCCCCACAGCUUACGACCUGUAGAUAAGAUCUGAUUAAGUUGAAAGAAGUGAUGGUAGAGUUGGAAAUCGCAAAAUUAAACAAUUUUGCAUUAUGGGAACACAGAAGUUUGUAUCUUUGAUAUUUACAAGGGAGAAUGCUGAAAGAUUUCAGUGUAUUCGUGAUGAGAUGAGCCUUGAUGAAAAUGGAUUAUUAGAAUUUUUCUUCAAACUCUAUGAUAAAAAUAAACUUGAGUUGAAGAACAAUUUUUUAGAGUGCAUUGAUCCUUGUGAGAAGGUUACUGUGCAGAUUGAAAAUAUUAAUGAAAGUUGCCACGAGGUGAAAGCUGAGGCUAACAUAAACCAUGAUCAGUACAGCAAUGAACCUGUGACUCUGGUACAGCCAAACUGGGAUCUCUCUACUACUGGUUCUCAGGCCAGAUUGGUUGACCAGGAAAGUGGAGAGACAGCUGAAUUACUAAUAAGCCUACAACACUACCAGGCAGACGAUCGUGCUAUGUCUGGCAGUGUUUCUAAUGAAAGUCAUUCCCAAGAGUGUAAAAGAACUACAAUAUCUAAUGGUAGUGAUGAUGAUGAUGAUGGUGAUGAGGAUGAUGGUGGUGGUAGUGGUGGUUGCCAAGACGAUGCCUCCACUGCUGAGGACUCUGUAAAAGAAGAAACAGCAAAAGAAGAACUUGCAAAAGAAGAACUUGCAAAAGAACAGUUGAUUGAUUCUAGUAUUGAAGAUGAAAUCGCAACAAUAUCAGAACAGCCUGCUGCUGUUGUCCCAGUUUGUAAUUUGUUAAGUUCUCCAGUUUUAAAUUCUGAAAAAAAUAUAGAUGUUGCAGAGAAAAUAGAGAAUUCUGUUCAACCAAAUGGUGAAGAAAAUAUUCUAGAAGAAUUUGUAGUUGAGUCAUCUGAGUGUAAAGAACAAGAUACAAAUGGAACCAAGAAAAGUGAUAUAAAAUCUAAUUUACCUGAAGAAAGUGAACCAAAACGUAAAAGAAGAAAUGAUGUUUGGCUCAGUAGAAUUCAAGAUGCUGAUUUUGAGGAACGCCAUUACAAAUGCAGUUAUUGUUCUGCUGCUUUUUUUCACCCUCACCAUUUGCAGCGCCAUGAAAAGCAACUUCAUAAAUUAGGGAAAGAAGUGAAACCAAACCAGUGUAAAGACUGCUUUAAGGACAUUUGCAACUCUGUUGACAUUGAAAUUCCAUCAAGAUUUUGCAUGCAGGAUGGUGCGACGCCCUCACCGUUGUUCACUGUGCCAACUUGGUUUUAAAUCUUCUGAAGAGGUACGUGACCACAAAUGCAGCAGUAAUCCAUCAAAGCCACUUUGUUGCUUACAAUGUGAUUAUCGGACAGGAUCACCGCGGGAUUUGGAACAUCAUCUAAGAAUUCACACUGGGGAAAGAUGCUACAAAUGUGAUCUUUGUGAUUUUCGGACUGCAUGGAAGAAAAACCUUAAAGAGCAUGUUCUUAAACAUUCUGGAUUGAAACCAUUUGUUUGUCAAGUUUGCAAUUUUGCUACUAAUGACAAAAGUAACCUUAGGUCGCAUCUUGCGAAACAUUCAGAAAAUCGUCCUAACCUUUGCCAUACAUGUGGCUCAUCAUUCCGCGAGGCACGUUCCUUAAAGUCUCACAUGCUUUCCCAUAGUGACGUGAAAGUCUACAAGUGCUCGUCUUGUGAUUGUUCUACUCGUUACAAAUCUUCAUUAAAAGCACAUGUACGAUCUCAUCAUGGAGGAGGAGCAGAGAAAGAGAUUGUAAAUUAUAAUACAGACAAUAGUGGAGAUAUUGAAAAUAAAGUACAAGAGGUUAAUGAGAUCUAUGUGGAGACAAUGGACAUCACUAAUGACAAUUUUGACGAGAAACAGUAUUAUAUGUGUCAAGAGUGUAGCUAUGUUAUUGAUGACAAAGCCAUCUUUGACUCUCACACCUGUUUUUCUUCUCCUCUCUCUCAAACAGCUACGUCUCUUCUGGAUGGUGGAAUGGUUAUCCAGAUCAUAGAAAAUCCUUCAGAUUUGUCUCCUGUUCUUCAAAAAUAAUAACUUAAUUUUCACUUUAUUUUUCAAUUAACUUUCAUAUAAAAUGAUAUAAUUUCCUAAUCCUG